AAAGAGGAAAGAUUUCCAGCUUAAAUAGAAAAUCAAAAAGUAAGAUAAUCAACAAUAAAAGACGUCAUCGUCCUUUUGGGAAUUGUCUAUUGCCGUUGGAAUAAUUGAUCGGUUUUCCCUGACAAGUCCCCCAACUCUUCGCGUUGCGCGUUUGGCCUCCGGCGAGCCAAGCCAAUAGCCACCGCAGAGAGGCAAGGCACAAUCCUCACACCAAGUCGCCGACAGGUCGUCGGUUAGUUUCAAUUGUCUGUUUGGGAUCCAAGAAGAAAAUUUUACAAAGCAUUCGUUUAAAUCUUGUUCAACCAAAUCCGUCGGAUUCAUUCAAUCGUCCAUUUCCUUCAAUAUCACAAUCAGGUUUCAGCAGAUGGCAAAAACAAAGCAAAGGCAGCCUGUGGCAGUUACUGCAAAUGAGAAUAAUGCUUCAAGUGGCAUUGUUGAUUCUUUAAACUCGGAUACUGAUCUGGACCUGCAUGUAGAGAAAGGCUGGGUGAUAGUAAAAAAGCAGAGAAUUACUAUUCUUGUGCCUUCCCUACCAACUGCUGAUAGAUCUCCACAGCAAAACCCAGGACCAAGUCAUCUGCAAGAAAUGCCUGGGAAUAUAGUUAAAUGUGGGUUGGAAUUACGAACGGCGACAUGUCCGAUAAUGCCAUCGGCUGAUGAGCAAAGGAAGUCCAUGUCAUCGGUUCCUAAAAAGGGUGUUCAACUUGCUAGAAAUUCUGCUCAAAACAUUUCAACAUUAACCAAGCCAUUCAAGCAAGAUUCAAGAAUGGAAUCUAGAAUGCCACACCAGGUUCAUUCUUUGAAGUCUCAUAAAGUACCUGGAGUAUCUAAAACCUCAAAAACUCUAGUGCGGACAAGACUAUUACUGCAUGGACCCAAUGAUUUUUAUGGUGGUGGUGGAAUGCCUCUGAAUCAAAGGCUGAGAGCAUUGAAUCUUGAGCGGAGAAUCCAGAAAGCUGGUGGGCUGAGCAGUUGGCUUGCAUCUCUGGGACUGGGGCAAUUUGUUAAGCUUUUUCAGAGAAAGGGUCUCAAUAAAUUUCAGUUGGUCAAUUUGAACAUGAAGAAACUCAAGGAUAUGGGUGCAGUUGCAGUGGGUCCCAGGAGGAAACUCAUGCAUGCAAUAGAUUGCAUUUGCCAGCCCCACUGUUUUGAGGCUUUUUAAAAUGCUUUUAGGAUGUAGGAGCAUAGUUAUCAACUAGAAGAUGAACUUUCUGCUGUAGAUCUGUGUAUGUUGUAUAUAUAUUAGCGCCUUUGUAGAUGCAUUGUAGCAAUUAAUUGUUAGGAGAAUUUUUGUUCCCCCCACCCCCUCUCUUUUUGGUGCAUGGUGUAAAUCAUUAGCUGGUGAACAAGAGAUGUCUGCAACUGAGACUGACAGUUCCUAUCAUAUUUCCAUUUUAUAGAAUUUGUUUAACUCA